UGCGCGAGCCCGGGAGACUGCGGAUGACGUGCCGUGCGGAGCGCGCGCGCCCGACCGCCCGCCCGCCAGCUGGUCACCCGGGGAGACGGCCCAACGGGGAGCCGCCGGCCGGGGAGCAAACAUGGCCGCGCGGUCCAUGCAAGCGGCAAGAUGCCCAACAGAUGAACUGUCCUUGAGCAACUGUGCCGUGGUGAAUGAAAAGGACUUCCAGGCAUUCCAGCACGUCGUCGUGAGGACCUCCGCCAACCACAGAUACACGUUUACACUCAGGACCCACCCGUCCGUGGUCCCGGGGAGCAUCGCCUUCAGCCUGCCGCAGCGAAAAUGGGCCGGCCUUUCCAUCGGACAAGAGAUAGAAGUGUCCCCGUACGCGUUCGACAAGGCCAAGCAGUGCGUCGGCACCAUGACCGUGGAGAUCGAUUUCCUGCAGAAGAAGAGCGUCGACUCCAACCCCUACGACACGGAUAAGAUGGCGGCCGAGUUCAUCCAGCAGUUCAACAGCCAGGCCUUCUCAGUGGGCCAGCAGCUCGUGUUCAGCUUCAACGACAAGCUGUUUGGCCUCCUCGUGAAGGACAUCGAAGCCAUGGACCCCAGCAUCCUUCGGGGCGAGCCCGCGACCGGGAAGAGGCAGAAGAUCGAAGUCGGCCUCGUUCUCGGCAACAGCCAGGUUGCGUUUGAAAAGGCGGACAACUCUUCCCUCAGUCUUAUCGGCAAGGCCAAGACCAAGGAAAACCGGCAGUCCAUCAUCAACCCCGACUGGAACUUCGAAAAGAUGGGAAUCGGAGGCCUGGAUAGGGAGUUUUCCGACAUCUUUCGGCGAGCGUUUGCCUCUCGAGUGUUCCCUCCGGAGAUCGUAGAGCAGAUGGGAUGCAAGCACGUGAAGGGCAUCCUGCUGUACGGCCCCCCGGGCUGCGGCAAGACCCUCCUGGCCCGGCAGAUCGGCAAGAUGCUGAACGCCCGAGAGCCCAAGGUGGUGAACGGGCCCGAGAUCCUCAACAAGUACGUCGGGGAGUCCGAGGCCAACAUCCGCAAGCUCUUUGCCGACGCCGAGGAAGAGCAGAGACGGCUGGGCGCCAACAGCGGGCUGCACAUCAUCAUUUUUGACGAGAUCGACGCCAUCUGCAAGCAGCGAGGGAGCAUGGCCGGGUCCACGGGCGUCCACGACACCGUCGUCAACCAGCUGCUGUCCAAGAUCGACGGCGUGGAGCAGCUCAACAACAUCCUGGUCAUCGGCAUGACCAACAGGCCGGACCUGAUAGACGAGGCGCUGCUGCGGCCCGGGAGGCUGGAGGUCAAGAUGGAGAUCGGGCUGCCCGACGAGAAGGGGCGGCUGCAGAUCCUGCACAUCCACACGGCCCGGAUGCGGGGCCACCAGCUGCUGGCCCCUGACGUGGACAUCAAGGAACUGGCGGGAGAGACCAAGAACUUCAGCGGCGCCGAGCUGGAGGGGCUGGUGCGGGCCGCCCAGUCCACGGCCAUGAACCGGCACAUCAAGGCGAGCACCAAGGUGGAGGUGGACAUGGAGAAGGCCGAAAGCCUGCAGGUGACAAGGGGAGACUUCCUUGCCUCGUUGGAGAAUGACGUCAAGCCGGCCUUCGGGACCAAUCAGGAGGACUACGCGAGCUACAUCAUGAACGGCAUCAUCAAGUGGGGCGACCCGGUCACCCGCGUCCUGGAAGACGGGGAGCUCCUGGUCCAGCAGACCAAGAACAGUGACCGCACGCCCCUGGUCAGCGUCCUCCUGGAGGGCCCGCCGCACAGCGGGAAGACGGCCCUGGCCGCCAAGAUCUCCGAGGAAUCCAACUUCCCCUUCAUCAAGAUCUGCUCCCCCGACAAGAUGAUCGGCUUUUCCGAGACGGCCAAGUGCCAGGCCAUGAAGAAGAUCUUCGACGACGCGUACAAAUCUCAGCUGAGCUGUGUGGUGGUGGACGACAUCGAGAGACUUCUAGAUUACGUCCCCAUCGGGCCGCGCUUCUCCAACCUGGUGCUGCAGGCCUUGCUCGUGCUGCUGAAAAAGGCCCCCCCUCAGGGCCGCAAGCUGCUCAUCAUCGGGACCACGAGCCGCAAGGACGUGCUGCAGGAGAUGGAGAUGCUCAACGCCUUCAGCACCACCAUCCACACGCCCAACAUCGCCACCGGCGAGCAGCUGCUGGAGGCCCUGGAGCUCCUGGGCAACUUCAGAGAUAAGGAACGUGCCGCCAUCGCCCAGCAGGUCAAAGGGAAGAGGGUCUGGAUCGGAAUCAAGAAACUGCUCAUGCUGAUCGAGAUGUCGCUGCAGAUGGAUCCGGAAUACCGCGUCCGCAAAUUCCUGGCUCUCCUGCAGGAGGAAGGGGCCAGCUCCCUCGACCUGGACAAAUACAGCUCGUGGGCCCAGCUGGACGAGCAGGGGAAAGGGCCUCGGUAAAGAUGGCACCGAGCCCGCCGCCCCGGCCCGCUCCGACACGCGCUCCGGGUUUGCAUGUUUGGGCCGUCCCCUUUGACGUGUUCCCCGGGUGGCCCGCGACGGGCCGGGCCGCCGCCGCCGCGCUCGGUGAGCCCGGGCCGGAGGGCGCGAGGCCGAGCCGAGCGGAUCACCCCCCCACCCACCCCGCUCCUGAUCCGGGAUCCCGACGGAUCCCUAGGCACCCACCCCUCCUGCCCAGGAGAACCGGGAGAGCCACGCCGGCCCUCGGCCUGGUCCGCCGGCUGCCUCCGGCCCAAGAUGGGAGCAUCCCAUCGUGGCCACCCGCCCCGCCACGCUUUCCCCCGUCCCACCCUUAGCGUGGGACCACGGCGGGUCUCGCACGCCCUGCGCCCGUCCCUUUCCGCACGGGCACCUUGACCUCUGACCCCGUCCGCCCGUCCGCUGCUGCUCGGUGGAUUCUGUGGUGCGUGUGUCGUGUCGUGGCAGCCAGCCCCUUCUGCCCGAGUGUCCUCGUCGUCGUCGUCGUCGUCGCCUCCGCCGCCCCGCCUUCCGUCUGGUUACGGGAAGCCCGUCGUGCCGUGCUGCGCCCCGGCCCCGACCCCACCGUGGAUGGAGACAAAACGGGGCAAUAAAGAGCCCGGAUGCUUGAA